AUGGCCUUUCUUCGAAUCUUGAAGAAAUCUUCGCUCUUGUCCAGAAACUUCUCAUUAUUUAGCGACAAGCGGACUCAAGAUCAUAAAAAGAUUUUCCAAAGUGAAGAACAAAAGAAUGAAGAAGAAGAAAAAAAGAAAAAUAAAAUUUAUGGCAAAAGGUUCUAUGAAGAAUCAAAAACGAAGUUCAAAGAAUGGUUUCCAGGCGAGACAUUUGACCCAAAAGACUGCUUGAAAGUCCAGCACACUGAUGUCUUUGAUGAUGCUGAUCAAUAUUAUAAUGUAAAGGCGACAUGAAGAAAAGAUCUCCCAGACACUGAACUUGAUUUUAUAAAAUACAAUCCUGACACAAAAGAAUACGAAAUACAGAAAAUCAAAGGAAGAGAAUACUUCAAACAGCAGAGGGUCAUAUUUGUGGGAAUUGUUGGAGCUUUUGUACCUGAAUGCACAGAGCAAGUAGUAUGGGAUUGGGCUACAAGGUCGAAAGGUAUAAAAAAGUCGGCAAGAAUGGACGAAAUCAUUAUAGUAAGUAUGAAUGAUGCUUAUGUUAUGCAGCAUUUUGCAAAAAAACUGGAUUAUGGAGAUAGAUUAAGCUUCAUUGCAGACUGAAAUGGAGCUUUUACAAAAAAUGCUGAGACAUUGAUUGAGUUUGACAGUGGAUGUGGAUUAGGAGCAAGAAGUCAAAGAUACUCGUCCCCAACUAUUCAUGGACGUAUGAAGGCUAUUUAUCAAUCUGCUCAUGGUGAUAAGCUACUUUAUACUGUUUCAUCACACCCAAUCUAUCUGUGGAGGCUUUUGGGAAAUUGAAAAGGGAGAGAAAGAAUAUACUUACUCCCCCCCUCCGUGAGCGAGCAAAAACAUUGGAUAAAUCCCUAUUUUUUUGCCAAAAAUCUACCUCUGUGAGUGAAAGAAAUUUUUUUUCAAUAUAACAAUUUUUAGGAAAAAAGUUUUUAUAUAUAGGUGAUAAUUAUUAUAAUGAAAUCUCUAGCUAAUUCUUUUUCAUUUUGAACAAAUUGCAUUUUAAAACAUAAAUUUUACAAAUUAUAUUAAUAUUUGCUUUCCAAUUUUUGCGAAUUGGAAAUUUCGAAAAAAAAAAUUUUAGUUUAAAAUUUAUUAAAAAAAAAUAACCCCCUAUAUGCAAGCGAACAGAAUUUUUUUUGUUCGCUCACGGAGGAGGGAGUUAUAA